GUGAAAUGAUACGACAUGUCGAAUUUAACAGGCCACAAGCCCAAGUAUCCGUCAUCGGCGAAUCUAUAUUCACCUUCAGCUCCUUCCUUGGAGCCAACGCAAGCUGAGACAGUGAAGUGGAGCUCAGGAGUCGAGAUCUCAGACAUGGCGGCAACGAAUGAAGCAAAAAGUAAGAGCAAUUCUGUUGUGGAUGAUCUUCUCCAGUUCUUAAACGCUUCGCCGACUGCUUUCCACGCCGUUGAUGAGGCAAAGAAGCGUCUGCGAAGUGUUGGAUAUGAACAAGUAUCUGAAAGAGAGGACUGGAAAUUAGAAGCUGGAAAGAAGUACUUCUUUACCAGAAACCAUUCGACCAUCGUUGCCUUCGCGAUUGGUAAAAAAUAUGUUGCUGGGAAUGGAUUUCAUAUUGUUGGUGCUCAUACCGACAGCCCUUGUUUAAAACUGAAGCCUGUGUCCAAGGUAACAAAGGGUGGUUAUCUGGAAGUUGGCGUUCAAACAUAUGGGGGUGGAUUGUGGCACACAUGGUUUGAUCGUGACUUAACAGUCGCAGGAAGGGUGAUUAUAAAGGAACAAAAAAAUGGUUCUGUAUCAUAUAUUCAUCGACUUGUUCGAGUUGAGGAUCCCAUAAUGAGGAUCCCCACACUAGCGAUUCACUUGGACAGGGGCGCGGAUGGAUUUAAGGUCAACACACAGAGUCAUCUUCUCCCAGUCUUGGCAACAAGUAUUAAGGGGGAAUUGAAUAAAGUUGUUACCAAGAAUGAUGUACAAGACAAUGGAGAGACAACAGAAUCGAAGUCAAGUCCUAAUAACUCAAAGCAUCACUCGCUUCUAUUACAGCUACUUGCUAAUCAGCUUGGCUGUGAACCAGAUGACAUAUGCGAUUUUGAAUUGCAAGCCUGUGACAUGCAACCAAGUUUGGUUGGUGGUGCCCAGAAGGAAUUCAUUUUCUCUGGAAGGCUCGAUAAUUUAUGCAUGUCAUUUUGCUCUUUGAAGGCGCUGAUUGACAGUACAUCUUCUCAAACAAGCCUUGAGCAUGAGACUGGUGUCAGAAUGGUGGCCUUGUUUGAUCAUGAGGAGGUUGGAUCUAAUUCAGCCCAGGGAGCUGGUUCUCCCGCCAUGCUUAAUGCUUUAUCACGAAUUACAAACUCCUUCAGCUCAGACUUUUCGCUUAUUGAGAAAGCUAUCCAGAGAAGUUUCCUGGUCUCAGCUGAUAUGGCGCAUGCAUUACACCCUAAUUAUAUGGAUAAGCAUGAAGAAAAUCAUCAGCCCAAGUUGCACGGAGGGUUGGUCAUUAAGAGCAAUGCAAAUCAACGAUACGCAACCAAUGCAAUCACUUCGUUCAUAUUCAGGGAAUUGGCUGUGAAUCAUAACAUUCCUGUUCAGGAUUUUGUGGUUCGUAAUGACAUGGCUUGUGGUUCAACCAUCGGCCCCAUUCUUGCAAGCGGUGUAGGUAUACGAACAGUAGACGUUGGAGCACCACAGCUAUCAAUGCACAGUAUUCGGGAAAUGUGUGCUACAGAUGAUGUCGACCACUCAUAUGAGCAUUUUAAGGCCUAUUACGAAGAGUUCUCUAAUCUUGACCAGAAGAUCACAGUCGAUAUGUAGAAUGGUAUUCAUCUUCUCAGGCAUUUUCCAAUAAACGGACUGUAGGGUGUUCUUGUGGCGGCCACCUAGUUGGCACAAUGUACUCAUUUAUACCGUUACUAGGGUUAUGUUUCUGUGUCACACUUGUCUAACGAGUUAUUUGCAACAAUGAGACAUCAAUAAUAUCGUAUAAGAUUUCCCCACGGAUAUUUUUGUUAA